CUACCGUCGCGUCUCUUACUCAGCCCCACCAUGAGCGACGUUAUCGCGAAGUCCCCACAGCCAGACCCGGAGGCUCAGCCCCUUCUCGAUUCCCCACAGCUAGCAUACGAUACAACCGAACCUAAUGGUGAGAUAGUCAAACAAGGGCGUAGUUGGAAGCAAAUAUUAUUCUAUCUGUUUACCACGCUGCUCGGCGUCGGCGUCCUGGCCAUCUUCAUCAAAGGCUUCAUCGACGCCGACGAUGUAUCGUUUGAUUUUAAGAAGGCACUGAAGGCAGCGCUAGGUGGGGGAUUGAGCGGUGCUGCUGCGAUGGUUCUACAGGUGUUGACUCUAAUGCCUAUUCGUACCGUCAUGAACUACCAAUACCGAUAUGGGUCUUCAACAGGCGAAGCUAUCCUGACCUUGUAUCAUGACGGCGGAUGGACACGUUAUUAUCAAGGGCUCUUAGCUGCUCUUGUACAAGGCCCUGUAUCUCGCUUUGGCGAUACCGCAGCCAACGCUGGCAUUCUCGCACUCCUCAACUCAAACACAUAUAUGAAGAAUCUUCCGCCCCACAUUCAGACUAUAUUCGUCUCCUUGGCCGCCGCUUCAUUCAGGAUCCUUCUUACCCCCAUCGAUACCGUCAAGACAACUAUGCAGACCCAAGGCAAACCCGGAAUACGCAUCCUGAGAACUCGCGUCAAACAAUACGGAAUCGUAUCCUUAUGGUAUGGUGCACUGGCCACUGCAGUAGCCACGUUCGUGGGGAACUAUCCUUGGUUCUCUACUUACAACUUCCUUGACGAGACUCUGCCUCCGCCUACCACCUUUCUUGAGAAACUUCUUCGGCAGGCUUUCAUUGGUUUCUGUGCCGCUGUCGUCUCAGACACCGUCUCGAACUCCCUACGAGUUCUGAAGACCUAUCGCCAAGUCAACGAGACGCGGAUCGGGUAUGUGGAUGCGGCUCGUGCCGUCAUUGCUGUGGACGGAGUUAAAGGUUUGUUCGGCCGAGGACUCAAGACCAGAAUCAUCGCGAAUGGCUUGCAAAGCAUCAUGUUCUCCAUUCUAUGGAAGUUGUUCUUAGACUUGUGGAACCGUAAGACAGAAGGAUAGACUUGGAGCACAGAGGAUAUGUAACUAGUAAGCAAAAAUAGACUGUGUUGUGAGAAACUAUGUGGAUAUAGUAUCAGUGGAACUUAUAUAACCGACUUCCCAUGAAUUUGUCUCACGAAUAAUGGGAUUUUGUACACGG